AUUUACGAGUCCAGUAGUCCUGGUAAGUGUAAUUUCCUAAUCAUAUAUUCACCAGCAUAGUGAUGUUUAUGCCAAGCAAAGCCUCGCUUAAUCGCGGGCCUACAUCGUCUUCACCUUGGCUUGAAAUUUCGCACCCUCAGCCACGUCCUCUUCGUCUCUUUACCACUACAAGAAACGACCUCUCAUUGAGUCAAGAUGUCUCGAAUGAGAGAUCGGCUCUCUAUCCUACCUCCCCUUGAAACCACAACAGUCGGAGCGUUGAGUUUCCCGCAGUUUCCAAAUCUUCCCCGCGAGCUGCGAAAUCGUAUUUGGAGAUAUGCUGCUUUCGAGAAAAGGAUAGUCAGAGUAAUUUACCGCUCGCACGCCAAGCUGGAUCCCUCCCUCAGUACCCUCACCAUCGAAAAGCAAAGUCGUCAUCCCGCGAUAGUACAUACGUCGAAAGAGGCACGCGAAGAAGGAAAAAGAUAUUAUGAGCGGGUAUACGAAAGGCGACGUCCCUGGAAGUCCACAUUUGGGAUGUCUGGCAUCGGGUUGAUGACUAAACGGUACCCGCCGAACGCUGUCUACGUCAACUUUGAGGUCGAUGAGUUCCACUUAGCUCUUCCUGGUCAGCAUCCGCCAGGUCUGCCAUCUAGGAUUCCAACGCAAACAUCCUUCAAUUUUCGGAACGAAAUUCUACAGCGUCUUACCAAGCUGACAAUCGACAUCGCAAUACCGGUGCGAUCAGACCUAAUGGAUACAGUACACCACUUCGUCAAGCUAGGAAACAUUAAGACAUUGGAGUUUGUGGUUACGAAUUGGAACUAUUUGGAAAGUCAAGAAUCGGUUGAAGGGGCACUCCGGGCUGCUACUCGGCAGAAGGUGUUCAAGUUUUCAGUGGACCAGAAAUUCCACCAAUGGAAGGCGACCAAUAUUGAACAGGUCUACAAUUGGAGACUGUUGGAAGAUAUUGAUCUCGAUCCUUGGUCUUCGAUCAUCCAAGAAUACUGGAGCCAGGACAAGUUGCCUACCCCUUCGAUAUUCGCGACCUCGAGAUGUUUGGUGUUGAUCUGAAAACACAUGGAAUUUAGGCAGUGGACAUUGGUGAAAAGCGUUGGCGUGGGACAGAAUGUAUUCUGGGAUGCCAAAUAUCACUCUCAGCGGUUUUGAAAAUCAACUUGGGAUACUUGGUUGAAUUAACUGGAGGCGAAGGGGUCAUUCAGCAAGCAAUGUUCAACCAUCAAGUCAGCAUCUGGCAUUCAGGGCAACAGAGCUAGUAUUAAUUCGUCGCACAUCUAGUUAAACAAGCAAACGUGGAG